CACUGUGAGAUACACACAUGCACACACACAAACCAUACUCUGCUAAUAAGCCCCAUAUCAAGCUCUGAAUAGCAGAAGCUCCUGCCUGAUGUCCGACAGUCUGACUGGCUGGGGGUUGGAUGCAUUCUCGCAUCUCGGCAUCAUCUCGCAGCUCCAUUGAAGUGAGCUCGCUUGCUAGCUGGAAGGCGGCUGCGCGCGCCUCCGUGCUCCGCGUGCUUGCGGAUGUGUGGGAAGGUGGAGGUGCAGCGCUGCGCUCUCGCGGAGGAGGAGGAGGGGGAGGCGCUGAUUCAGGCGCUUUAACUCUGGAUGAGGAAAAAAGUUGCUCUAUCUCUCUUCACGCGAACUUGCCGCGCGAGCUGAAGCUGACUGGGGCGAACACGGCGAGCACGAGGAACGUGCUUCAACGCCCCCCAAACCCCCUCAAAUAAAAAAGGGGUACAGAAUGUAAAGGGGGCAUGUUUGGAUAGAUGCGCGUGAGUGCGUGCGUGCGUGCGUAUGAUGUAUGUCCCCAUAGGACCAUGUGGUUCAGCUGCUGGCCGCGCUGGCGACGUGUGGCUCAACUGGUAUCCGAGCGGCGGCGCUUUCUAGGAUCCGCUCCAGAAGCUUUCUAGGAACUUUUUUUUUUUUUUUUCAUUUUGCACGAUGGACAUCAGGACGCUUCGGUUUUCUCAGUUUUCUGCUAGACGUUUCUCUCACUGGACGCUGAGCUGGUCACGCCAAAAGUGCUUAUGACAAAUCUAAAUGUAUUUUUCUUUUAGUCUGAACAAAUUUUAACUAGCCAUGUUUAGCCAGAGUUCUGUAAAUUGAAGCAUUUGUUUGGUGCAGAAAUAGCGUUUUACCUACUUUGAUGAGCCGCAAAAGUUCUGGAAAGGGGCUAUUGCUAUUUGAACCACAUUCAGAGAUCAUCAGUCAAGCGUAUUGAGUUGAUCUGAGUGCUGCCGGCUCGUAUGGGACUGAGGCACUCAUCGCGGUGCCUGCUCCUGCGGAGGAAGAUGGCGGAGGCUGAGGGAUCGGAGCAGCAGAAGCAGCAGCUUCAGCAGCAGCGCACAGUCAGCGCACCCACCUCCAACUCCCAGUCCCUGCAGUUGACCUCUGUGCCUAAGCCUGUGCCCACGGUCCAUCAUGUUCCGCGGCCCCCUCACACCCCACACGUCUCGUCGCUGUCCGCCUGUCCCGGCCGAGGCAAGAUGGCCAAGCUCCUCAACCCAGAGGAGAUGACGUCACGGGACUAUUACUUCGACUCUUAUGCCCAUUUUGGCAUCCAUGAGGAGAUGCUGAAGGACGAGGUGAGAACGCUGACUUACAGGAACUCCAUGUAUCACAAUAAACACCUCUUUAAGGACAAGAUUGUUCUAGAUGUGGGCAGCGGGACGGGAAUCCUCUCCAUGUUUGCCGCCAAGGCAGGAGCCAAGCAUGUGUACGGGAUCGAAUGCUCAAGUAUAUCAGAGUACUCUGAGAAAAUCAUCAAAUCAAAUCAUCUGGAUGAUGUUAUCACCAUCUUUAAGGGGAAAGUGGAAGAGACAGAACUGCCUGUGGAUCAGGUCGACAUCAUCGUCUCUGAAUGGAUGGGCUACUGUCUUUUCUAUGAGUCCAUGCUCAAGACUGUCAUCUAUGCCAGGGACAAGUGGCUGAAACCUGGAGGCUACAUGUUCCCAGACAGAGCAACACUGUACGUGGUGGCCAUAGAGGACAGGCAAUACAAAGAUUUUAAAAUCCACUGGUGGGAGAAUGUCUACGGUUUUGACAUGACCUGCAUUCGGAACGUUGCAAUGAUGGAACCACUGGUUGAUAUUGUGGACCCAAAACAAGUGGUGACCAACUCCUGCCUUAUUAAGGAAGUGGACAUCUACACGGUGAAACUGGAGGAUCUGGCCUUUACCUCAGCUUUCUGCCUUCAGAUCCAGAGGAACGACUACAUCCACGCCCUCGUCACCUACUUCAACAUAGAGUUCACCAAGUGUCACAAGAAAACCGGCUUCUCCACAGCACCUGAUGCACCCAGCACUCACUGGAAGCAAACAGUGUUUUACCUGGAGGACUACCUGACUGUGCGACGAGGGGAGGAGAUCCUCGGCAGCAUUGCUGUGAAACCCAAUGAAAACAAUGAGCGUGACCUGGACUUCACCUUUGAGCUGGAUUUCAAAGGACAGCUAUGUGAUGCAGCCAUUUCCCACGACUACAAGAUGCGGUAAAGCUCCAGCAGGGGGCAACACCUCCCUAAAAACUGAGCUGACCACAGAAAGCCAGGCUGAAGAGGCUGAAUCACAUGCUGCUACACUUCUGACCAAAUAGGAGAGAUCAGGAAUAAAACACAGGUCCAAUGUGAUGUCAUCAUCCGUGCAAAACCAGCAAAAAAAAUAAAUAAAACAAAAAAUGAGCAAUAGUGUCAUCAGUCCUCCAGUCCUCUAAAACUAUAAGGCUAUAAGAGAGCAUCACUGAAUGUAACCGUUAAUGAGCUUGAGAAUGUCUUAGUUGUCCUUUAUUUUAGAAAUAAGAAAAGAAAGCAUGGAAGAAAGAACUGUAACAGUAAUCUAUAAUAAGCCAAUGUGAAACAAGAAGAGGUGACACAGGUCCAUAAAAAAUAAACACACAUCAUGUGCACAUGUUAAGACUUUAAAGAAUGUUUAUUUUAUCAGCAUGGACAAAGAUGAGUAUUUAAGAGCAAGACAUUGAAUUAUUUAUUUUAAAAUCAUUUAAAAUAAUUUAACUUAUUCCUCAUAAUUACAUGUAGUUAAUUGUUCAUUUUGUUAAAUGCUUGGUGGUUGGAUGGUUUGAUAUUGUGGCUGGCAUGCUUUCUGAAUUGUUGCUUUUAUUGAGUUAAGAUACUAUUUUUCAAGAAUCAUAUAAUUGAUUUGAAGCUUUUUUUUGGUUUGAGGCAUAAUUUUAACAUUAAUUAGGCAGUAAUUGUUAUGUUCCUUGGAAUUUCAGGGGCUGGAAGUGGUAAAUAAAUCAGAGAUGAAUAAA